AUGCUGGACUCAGCUUCUCUUGGUUUGUUCUGUCUAAUUGUUGUUACAGUUAUGAUUGCUGUUGGAUUGAUUGGCAAUGGCUUUAUCACCAUUGCAAAUUGCUAUGACUGGAGAAGAAGGAAAACACUAUCAUCAUCUGAUAUGAUAGCUUUGGUUCUGAGUCUGUCUCGAUUUCUUUUUCUUGGGAUAACUUUGAGCAUGUAUUGCUUGUUCUUUCUUGACACUGGCAAUCAAAAAUGUUUGCCGACAAUCAUGAUUUACUUCUGGGCUUUUUCCAAUGCUGCUAGCCUGUGGAUUGCCACUGUGCUUGUAGUCUUUUAUUGUAUGAAAAUUGUUCAUUUUACCCAGCCAUUCCUGGUGAAAAUGAAGCUGAGGAUUUCUAGAAUGGUUCUCCAGAUACUCCUAGGGUCACUGAUGAUUUCCUUGUUUGUUGCUCUUCCUAUCUUCUGGUUUGAACAUUGUAACAAUUUUUCAAAUGGAACAAAGAUUCCCCUGGUCAGCAGCAAUGGAACACGUCAAGUUCGGAAUUUCCACAUCAAGUUCGGAAUUGCGGCUGUUCUGUACUUUGUGGGGACAUUGCUACCUGCUAUUAUAUAUUUAAUUUCUUCUGUCUUCUUAAUUGUCUCCCUUGUACAUCAUGUUAAGAAGAUGCAAAGGAACACUGAAAGUUUUCCAGAUCAGAGGACUGCUGUUCAUGUCAGAACUGUUAAAGUCCUUGUUUCCUUUCUUAUCCUCUACAGUGCAGGUUUUGCAUCUGAGAUCUCAAUCACCUUGUUCCCCAGUGUCUGGACUUAUCUCGUGUCCACAGUUGUCAUUUCUGGCUACCAUUUGGGACAUGCCAUUACUUUAAUUGUCAUGGAUUCCAAACUAAAGCAGACAUUAAACAAGGUUCAUUGUGAUGCCCUGAGACAAUGUCUGAGCAAAACUCUAUCUUAA